AAAAAAAACAGCAAAAUAGCAUGGGUGCUAUUUUCUUAAAUAUGUCAACAGCAAAGACAUUCAAUCUGUUAUUAUAUAUUAAAUAUAUUACCUACACUAUGCUUCAUUUAAAAGAAAUACUAUCCUUUAAUGGAUUAAGCAUUUUAGUUAGGCUGUUUGUUUGCUACCAAAAUACAUAACGUGUAAGGAAAGAAGGUGUAAAUGGA